UGGGAUUGGUCAACCAGUACAUAGCAGCACUCGCAGCUUGUCUAAGCAUGCUUGCCUCGGGCUCCUGCUACGGUUGGAUCAACCCGAUCCUUUCACACUUGAUGGGACCAGACAGUGAAAUACCCAUGACCACAGCUGAGGUAGCUUGGGUCAUACCCAUCAUAGAACUCGGAGAUCUCAUCAGUCCACUGCCAGCUGGGAUUCUCUGUGACUACAUCGGACGCAAGCCUGUUAUCCUGUCUAGUGCUCCCAUGUACAUCCUAGGUUGGUUUCUCAUUCUCUACUUCCCUUCCCCCGUGAUGCUCGGUGUGGCUCGGACUAUUCACGGGAUAGCCAUGGGAGUAGCUUAUACAGCGUCUCCCAUAUAUCUGGGAGAGAUCGCUGGUAACACCACACGAGGAGCGAUUACCAGCUUGUUUUCAAACUCUUGGUGGAUGGGCUUUCUUGUAUCUUACUCCAUCGGACCUUAUCUCAGUUUUCAAAACUACACCUGGUUUUCCCUAGCGCUUAACAUUCCUGUCUUCCUCCUCUACUGGCAGCCAGAAAGUCCUUAUUAUUACAUCAUGGCCAACGAAGAAGAAAAAGCUUAUGAAUCGCUCAAGUGGUUCAGAACAUCGACCCUGGAGGAACUUAAAGCAGAAAUGGAAGAAAUAAAGAAAAGUGUAGAAGAAAAUAAACGCAAAGCAAGUUUUCGUGAUGUUUUUGCAUCCGGUGUGGAUCGAAAAGCACUGAUUUUGCUUAACGCCCUUUUGGCUGUAAGAACUCUGAGUGGGUUGACUGCAUUUUUGAUUUUUACAACUGAAAUUUUCAACCAAACCCCGAACCUCACAGUUUCAUCCGACCUAAUCACAAUAGCAUUUGGAUUGGUCAUGCUUGGAGGAAGUCUGAUUGGGUCGUUUACUUCAGACACUUUAGGGCGAAGAUUUCUGCUGAUCACAUCUUGCAUCGGAUGCCUUAUAUGUCAGAUCUGUUUAGGGACUUAUUAUUUUCUACUUUUUAACUCAACUAUAAAUGUUUCUCAGCUCAGCUGGAUGUCACCAAUAUUGAUCUUAACUUAUGCAUUAUUCUGUAGUGCUGGUAUGUAUGUUGUAUCCUCUACUUACACAUCAGAACUGUUCCCUUCAAACACCAGAGGUAUAGCCUCCAGCAUUGCUACCAUUAAUAUCACUAUAUUUUGCUUUAUCAGUCUGGUAGUCUAUCAACCUAUUAUAGACUAUAUUGGUGUGUAUGCAAACUUUUACACAUUUGCAUCGGUAUUAUUUGUUGGAUGCAUUUACUUUUACAUUGUAGCACCAGAAACAAAAGGAAAAUCCUUUGCUCAGAUUAGAUUAGAACUUAGCAUGUAGAAGUUCCAGUUUUGAUCUAAAAUCUCAAACACAAAAAAAUUUGCAAGAAAAAAAGCUAGAUAUUUCUUAAUAAUUACCUACACCUGUAA